AUGAUGAAUAAUUCUCAAUCAAUCCAUCAUCAUCAUCACCACACGAAUGGUGAUCUUCGAACCGAGUUAUCACCACCAACCACCACCACCACCACUUCUCUUUUAUUUAUAUCCUCCUGUCAUCAUGAUUUAACACUCUCUUCUCAAGCCAUUCAAAAUUACAAUUCCGCUCAGCAGCAAAAAAAGAAAAAACCAUUCCAUUCACCACCACUACCACUACCACCACCUCUCACGACCACAACGACCAAUCAUAACAACAAUACGAGUUCUUCGCUGACAACAACUCACAGUCGUGCCGUUCAUGUUGAACCAUCCUCUCAUUCCAAUCCUACCAUGCAUCAUCAGAAAUUGAAUUCAGAUUCAUCAGCCUCAUCAGUCAUCAUGAUGCACCCAAUCAAUGGAAUGAAUCCUCAUCAUAAUGUGCAAAAAACACCAGUCCUCAAUGGAAAUUCCUCUAAAACAACAACAACCAUGCAUCCACUACCAUACUCUUUGGAUCAUCAUCACACGACAGGUCAAAAUUCCGCGAAAAAGAAUGCUGUAUGGAAUGGAAAGACAUCCAUGAAUGCUCAUCAUCAUCAUCAUUCACGCGUCCAUGCAACCAAUCAUCAAUUUGUUUCUCAUCAUGUACAGACCACCAUGAAUCAUGCACAACCAUUUUAUUCUGAAAAGCAUUCAACUACUGCUGGUGCUUCUCAUGGUCCUCCCAUCAUAUCCGCACAUUCCAAUGGUCACUGUACUCCUUCGAUGAAUUCUCAUGAAUCUACAAGUAGCAGUAGUAGUACUACAAGUCUCUCUUUCAACAACAACAUGUUAUCGAACCACACUACUACUACUACCAUCACUCAUAGAAAUUCUAAAGUAUCAAGCAAUCAUUUUAAAAAACGACAACAUGCCAAUACUUCUCAUUCCGAACCACAACAUACUUCCGUAAAGAAACAAUUUGGUGAUUCAAAAAAGAAUAGAAUGAAUUCAAAAUCCAAUACCUAUGAUUUGUUAUUAAUUUGUAAAUCUAGAACUAUUUAUAAUGACCAAUCCUUUGUCACACAUCCUGAAACAAAUAUUUAUAACUUUUUUAAGAGUUGUACACCAUCCUUUCAUUGUAACCAUCAUCAUGGUAUGGAGUCAUGGAGGAGUUAUAAAUUGAAAGAAUUAUGGAGUUUUUAUGAUGAACCCUAUGGAAUGGAAGUUUCAAUAAGAUUACCUCAUUCCAAAGAGAAUGUUUAUUUUGUUCCACAUUUGAGUGCUAUUAAAUUAGUACAAAAAUUAAUGAACCAAAAGAAUCAAGAGAAGAAGCAGAAUGAAAUUGAGAAUCCAUUCGUUACUCCAUCCUCUCAUCAUCACUGUGCCACAAAUCUCAGUACGAGUACUGCUACUGCUGAUGUCACUACUAAUGGUACUACAACUCGUCCGAACGAACAUUCAUCCACAAUUACUAUUACUACUACUACGGAUGUUAGGGCGGCUACUACGAGUACUACUACCUCCGCCACCACCACAACCGCCUCCAAGUCUCCUACUUGUGCCACGAAAACAACAACAACAACCACUCUCAGUGAUGAGGCAGCAGAUGAUGAAGAAGAAGAAAAAAUUAUUUUUGAAUUUUAUGAAACUGUUUCUCCUGACUUGAGAUAUCCACUUAUUGAUAGAAUUGAAGAAUUAUCAAAAGAUAAUUCAAUUUUAAUGGAAGGUACAACGGAUGAUUUUAAUCUUGAUAAGAGUUGGUUUUCCAUAGCAUGGUAUCCAAUUCUGUGCCAUAAUAAUACAAUCAAUUGGUUGAAAGGACAAAUAAUUACCUAUCACAAAUUUGCACCAUCUCAGUUCGUUAUUGACACACCCAUACUUACAUCAUCACAUUCGAAAAAUGAAUUUGAUGAAUUAAUUGUUGAGAAGAGAAAACUAUCCAAUCAACAACCUGAUUUGUGUUACUAUGCACCAAUCAUUGGAUUUCUGCCGUACAAACUUAAAAGUGAAACCUGGUUUUAUGAUUUUGUAAACAAUCAUGGAAACAACAAGAGAGGAGGGAAUCAAUUGGUAGCUCCGUUGUAUCUAUUACAGGCCUGUCAUCGAUUACAACGAUUUUCACAGGGCGCACAACAUCCUGAUUACAUUCACUGCCUUAAGAAUUGUCCUGAGCUAGGUUUGAUACCAUUGUUUGAUGCUCAUUUCCAACCUCGUCACACCAAGCAAUCUACAAAGGAGGAAGAGAGCGCCGAACACCUCCAAUGA